UUCCCCUCAUCUUUCUCGCAUCGUGUUUGAUCCUAAUCCGUUUUCGCUUUUGUCAAAGAGAAGAAGAAGAAAAAUAUCAAACUUUGAGCGAGAGUUGCAGGUAUUUUCUCGGCCAAGAGUUAAAGAAAUGGCGAUGGUUUCAGGAAGACGUUCUACUCUAAACCCUGAUGCACCCCUUUUUGUUCCGGCAGCUGUUAGACAGGUGGAAGAUUUCUCGCCGGAAUGGUGGCAAUUGGUGACAACCUCGACUUGGUACCAUGACUACUGGAUCAGCCAGCACCAAGGCCCUGACGGUUUCUACGACAACGGAGAGAACGAGAAUCGUGGUGGCGAGGUUGAUGUAGCUGAUCUUCUUCCAGAGUCAUUUGAUUUCGAUGACAUGGAAGAUUUCUUCGACAUUGAUGCUGCUGAGUUUGAUCAUGGAUACGGUGGACAAAUCUACCACGCACCUUCCGACUUUGGUUUAGGGAAGAAUGGUGAGAUGGUUAGGAUAAAAAGUGGAAACAGGAGCCCUAAAACAGUUGCAGAUCCAGCAAAGUAUGCAGAAAAGCCAGCGAAAUGGGGAAACCAGAGGGUUGCUCCUAGAAACAUCCACCAGCCUCGUUGAAGAAGAGAUGGGUGUUAACUAGUCAGAGUCGUUGUUUCUUUAGCCACUGUACCUUUUGUAAUUUUUAGUUAUUUGCUUCCACAAGAACCUGUAACUUUGUACCUUAUGAUUUUCUCAACUUGUUAAUCACAAAAAUGUAAAAACAUAAAAAAUGUAAAAUUUGAAGAGAUAUGAGAUGAGAAUCUUUUCAUUAA